AUGUCUCCCUCCAGCUCGGUCCGCAUGGCUCGCCAACCGCGAGACACUGGCUUCCCCGAGCCAUUUGGUUCAGUGCGCAACACGACCCGUCCUCACCCCGACGCCGACCUGUCCCCCAACGCCUGCAUCGGCCAAGACGACGUCCACGCCGACCUGGUCAUGAAGCGCAGCCACCGCUCCUUCCUGCACCGCUCAAAGAAGCACAAGAAGACCAUCAACCACGGUGUCUUAUCAUCCCAGCUCUCGGCCAACCCGAGCGCCAUCUCGCUCGAGCCCACGACAACCAGCAACUCCGUGCAGCAGGCCGCCACAACGCACGAGAGCCAGCAGCAUCAGCGCCCGCACAACAACUCGCAGCCGUCCAUCGUGGAGACGCCGCCCAGCCCGACAGCCUCCAAGUACGCGAGAGACAGCUUCGCGACGAGCAGACGAGGCGACGAUGACGAGACGCCGCCUACCUCGCCGGAUGAUGCAUCUCUCAAGUCGCACAAAGGUCUCUUCAACAAGUUCCGUCGACACCAUUAG